CAGCUAGCUAGAAUGUUCUAGCGCAUUCAUGCUAGUGUGUUGAAAGGGGGAGCUAACUUGUGUUCAGCUAAGAAAAGAAACCGCGUGUCCAUUUAUUCAACACAGUUUUAUAAGACUCUUGAAGAGCUGUAAACGUCAUGGCAGAAAACAGUCAGAACAGGAGAUAUCCCCAGAACCUCCAGGGGGUCCUGCAGCUGGCUGUGGAGGCUGGCUCAGCCGCGGAGGGACCUGCCCCUCUUGAACCAAUGUCAGAGGAGAGGAAAAUGUGGCUGAGAGAAGCUCUUGCAGAAGUUUCCAAAGGGCAGAUGGAUGAGGUGCAGCAGAUGAAGCAGUGCUUGGCUCUCUUGCGUGAAGAGGGAAUGAGCGAAAGGCAGAGAGACGGAGAGGAGGAGAGGGAUGAAGAGGAUGGAGAUGAGCGGGAAGCAGUCUUUGAGAUUCUGUCGGAGUUGUGUGAGAACCUGGACAGUGCUAGAGACCUGAUGGUUCUUGGUGGACUGGAUUUGUGCCUCUCCCAGUAUCUGUGUCAUGCCCAAAGUGGGCUGAGGUGGCGUGCUGCCGAGCUUAUCGCUUCCUGUGCCCAGAACAUGCCGCAGGUGCAGGUCCACUUGCUCAGCAUUGGGGCGCUGCCAAAACUGCUACAGCUGACAGACUCAGACCCCCACCCCACUGUCAGAGUAAAAGCGCUCUACGCUGUAUCAUGUCUGGUUCGAGAGCUGGAGGCCGGACUCCAGGCUUUCUUGUCCCACGAUGGCUUUUCAGUGCUGAUGCGAGGCAUGCAGUCAGAAAACGAGAAACUCAGGACCAAGUCUGCAUUCCUAUUAUUCAACCUGCUGACGUCGCAUCCUGAACAGAAGGACACAGUUGUCUCCAUGGGUAUGGCACAGCAGCUGGUGGCUGUUCUCCGCACACCACACUCACCUUUCCACGAACAUGUACUCGGCGCCCUUUGCUGUUUGGUAGAAGACUGUCCACAGGGUCUCAGAGACUGCAGGGAUCCCGCUCUGGGUCUGGAGGAGUUUCUCAAACAGCGAUCCAAAGAGCUCCAAGGAAAAGAGGAGUGUCAGGAACAACUGGACUUCUGUGAGCGUUUGAGGGUUACAUGUUUCUCCGGCCAGCGUUCAGAAGACAAUGGGAUGGAUCGCUGAAGCCUUACUUACCUCACCUGUUUUGGUUUCAGUGUGCAAUGAUGUAACAGAACAUUCAUGAUCUGGUUCAUGGAAGCUAAGAUACGUUAUUGUCUGUUACGACAGAUGCUGUCCAUAUUUUGCACGUUAUCCAGGAGCUGGAUUUUACUGUGUAAAUAACUCUUAAUGUAUAAAAUCCUUUUUCAAGUCAGCUGUUAUUUUCGUCCAGUUUUCACAGUUCUUCAUAUCUUAAAUCUUACAUCUCCAUCACAGGUAGUAUGUAAAUAAUGAUCUUGUUCAUGGUUCAUAUUUACACCUCAGUGUUAAUUUAGUUACAUGUACAUCUAAUUUUUUUAAUUGUUGUAUGUUAGGGUUGUCUGAAGUAUUAUGGUUUCAUUUUUGUCUUUCAAAGCAUGACUCAGACAUUGUUUCUUUCACACCAUAUUUAUUUAUUAUUAACAAAACAAAUGGGAGUAUUUAUAUCAUCUCAUGUCCAGCUCACAAGUGGGAAAACAUUGCCACCACAUGCGCCACCUGCACAUAAACAUGGUUGUCUCUGAUUAAAAUAUUUUUGACACAAAUCACAGAAUACAGAUGGUAUUGAUAUUUAUUGGAUUUCCUUCAAAUGUGUUUGUAGACUGUGAUAGUUUAAAAUGGCAUGCC